GCGGCGGCCAAGGCGGCGGCAAAAGCGGGACCGUGGGGGAGCCGUGAGGUGCCGAGCGCAGGGGAGGAGCAACGGCAGAACAACAGCAGGAGCGGGGGCUCGGAGCGGGCAGCUAUGCGGCUCCGCCACCGCCCGGCCUCGCCAUUUCCGCCUCCCGCCGGGCACCGGUGACCGUCACACCUCCCCCGCCCCGGCAGUAUGAGACCCGCUGCGCUGUCCAGCCGGCGCUGCGCUCUGGAGAAUUACUGAAGUUUGGAUUGCUAUCUUGAUACUAUAAACCUGCAAUAAGUGGCUAUGUCAAGGGUUCCCACCCCACCUCCUCCUGGGGAGAUGUCCAGUGGACCUGUGGCUGAAAGCUGGUGUUACACACAGGUUAAAGUGGUAAAAUUUUCCUAUAUGUGGACCAUUAGUAACUUCAGUUUUUGCCGAGAAGAAAUGGGUGAAGUUUUAAAGAGUUCUACCUUCUCAUCAGGGCCAAAUGACAAAAUGAAAUGGUGCCUGAGAGUGAACCCAAAGGGAUUAGAUGAUGAAAGCAAAGACUACCUAUCAUUAUACUUGCUUUUAGUUAGUUGUCCAAAAAGUGAAGUGAGAGCAAAAUUCAAAUUUUCCCUGCUGAAUGCUAAAAGAGAAGAAACAAAAGCAAUGGAGAGCCAAAGAGCAUAUCGAUUCGUUCAAGGCAAGGACUGGGGCUUCAAGAAGUUCAUCCGCAGAGACUUUCUACUGGAUGAAGCUAACGGUCUUCUCCCAGAUGACAAGCUUACAUUAUUUUGUGAGGUAAGCGUGGUCCAAGACUCAGUAAAUAUAUCAGGACAGUCUAAUACAAACACUUUGAAGGUACCUGAAUGUCGACUAGCAGAAGAUUUAGGGAAUCUCUGGGAAACAACAAGAUUUACAGAUUGCAGUUUUUAUGUAGGAGGACAAGAAUUCAAAGCUCAUAAAUCUGUCCUUGCAGCACGGUCACCAGUUUUUAAUGCAAUGUUUGAGCAUGAAAUGGAAGAAAGCAAAAAGAAUCGUGUAGAAAUUAAUGAUGUAGACCCCGAAGUUUUUAAAGAAAUGAUGAGAUUCAUUUACACAGGAAAAGCACCAAACCUUGAAAGCAUGGCUGACAAUUUGUUGGCAGCUGCUGACAAAUAUGCACUGGAACGGCUGAAGGUGAUGUGUGAGGAAGCACUCUGUAGUAACCUGUCGGUAGAAAAUGUUGCUGACAUUCUUAUCCUCGCAGAUUUGCACAGCGCUGAACAGCUAAAAGCACAAGCAAUAGACUUUAUUAACAGGUGCAGCGUUCUUAGACAACUUGGGUGUAAAGAUGGGAAAAACUGGAAUAGCAACCAAGCGACAGACAUAAUGGAAACAGCGGGCUGGAAGGCCAUGAUCCACUCCCACCCUCACUUAGUAGCAGAGGCCUUUCGCGCACUAGCGUCUGCACAGUGUCCACAGUUUGGCAUUCCACGCAAACGGCUAAAACAGUCCUGAAAUCUUCCAUGAACUGUAGAGAAACCAAACGGACUCUGCUCCUCCGUGGCCAGAGGUGUGCUCACAAACCAUAACAAGAGUUUCUGUUAUCCUUGUCCACAGAACAGAAGCUGAAAAAGCCUGUUGUUUGCUUUUCAGAUGGAUAAUUUAUGGUUUAAUCCUCAGCUUUAAAUUAGACUGAUUACUCGAAUUCACUGAAAGGCCUUAAAUUAUCUCCAGUGACUCUCUAGUCCGUAUAGUUUAAUGUAUCUUGAUUUUUUUAAUUGUUUUUUUAAUGUGCCUUGUCUUUUUGACUGGGCUCUGCAGGAUUGCACUAGCUCCAUAAUGCAGUAAAGUUGAUAACUGAAGAUGUAAUUUUUGAAAGGGAUCUUCCAUUAUUUUCAGAAAAAAAAAAAGAGUAUAGUUUGGUCCUGUGCUAACUGGAAGGUUCAACUAGCCUCUCGUCCAAGCGCUAGAGCCAGGGGCAUGUCACGUAGCCCAGAGGAGUGCUCACUACAGGGAGAGCCUGUUUACCUCCAGCGAACGCCCACAGGCUAUUUAUGGCAAUAUACUGCUUUGAACAUAAUUUAUUUUUCAUUGUGGGGGCAAAUAUGCAAUGGUUUGGCCCAAAAAUGUAUUUUCAUUACGGUUUGUAAUGCUUCUUGUGUGUGUGUCCGAGCUGUCCAGACGGUGAAAUGCAGCACGGAAUAACCUCGUGCUUGUGUUUCUUGAUGGUCCAUCCUUAGUUUACAUUGAAUGCAGAGCUGCAGGAGGUGAGGAGUUCAUUGUGAACACAGAACAGUAUUCGAUGUGCAAACAGCUGUCCCCAGGUGUGGUUGCCUAGAGAAGCAGAGGCUGCAGAGAAUGACCAAAUGUAAAUUGAAGAAAUGGGCCAAAUGGAUUCCAAAUAUGCACUUUGAACGUGUAACUUUUGUAUGUUGUGUGGUACACAUCUAUUUUGCUGUUCAUGAAUUAAUGAGGUACAGGUGACUGUGGCUUAACUUAGAUACAUUUUCAAAUGCCCACAGCCACGUGGGAUUUAGUUUUGUGAGCAAAGAAAGGCGUGUCUUGUUAAAGCUCAGUCCAUGGUGCCUAUUGCAAGCUUCCCUGUUCCAGUAACAGAUUUUUCGCUUGUUUGACAAAGCUGUGGGAAUGCUGAAAUUGUGAGGGGAUUCUUCCCAUCUUGAUGACUGUGCACAGCUUCCAUUAGCACCUAUGGGGGUUACAUGUACAUCUUGAGGAAUCUUCAUAUGGUGUUUGCAGGCAGAGGCUUGCUCAGCCUUGCAUUUCAGUCCUUGUGCUGACAUUGUGGAUGGUGUGGAAAUUCUGCAUAAUGUGAACAGGAUGAAACCUUUGUAAACUGCUUGUCAAGAGCCAGUUCUUUAUUGUAUGAACCUUAGCUUUAAUGUCAACGUCCUCCGUGUUUGAUAGCUUUGUUUACAACUGGGAGGGCAAGUCUGCAGUAGUGCAUACUCUAAGUGUUUCCUGCAUUGAGUUUGCUGUGACAGUAUGCUAACAGUUGUGUCUUGGGGAGUGGGAGGAGAUCUCACCUAAUGUAGAAACACACUUGCAGAAGGGUUUUAGUUUGCCUAUUAAGAAUCAAGUUGUGCAGGGAGAAGAGAGGAAGAGUUUCAGAUGGCUUAUGAUCUGAAAAUCUCUCUCCAUCCCUGUGCAAUUAAUAUUCAUCCAAAUUACUCUGGAUGAAAUUUUUAGAGGAAGUUUUGUACUUUGGCAUCUGGGAAACCAUGAGCAAAAGGAAGCUGGGAGAAACACCUAGUCCAGUUCUGGAGAAGAGAAUACCCUCUAAACCUGCAUUUUCUUCUCACCUUCUGACUAAAUCUUUAUGAUGGGUCAAGAAUAAAAUGGAAAACUUGACUGGUACAUGAGACAGCUUAAGUGAGCUAUUUACAGAGAGCCUUUCAUCAGUUUUUCACUACUUAUGUAAAGUGAGGUCUCAUAAGCAUCGUUCCCAACAAACGGCUGUGCGUUUGCUGCACUAAUGCGUUAGGGCUGUCUCUUGUGCUCGUCACUGGGAAAACUUGCAGCUCUGACAUGCAAAGUGACUUGAAUAUUUCAUGCUGUAGUCCAGUCCAGCUGAUUCUACAGUAACAACGUACAGGAAUCAAAUAAAAAGCUAAGGACCUUUAUGAAAACCUUGAGAUUUUAGAAGCGUCAUAUGCAUUUUGCACCAAAAACUGUCAGACACUGUGCCGUAAUGUUCUCUAGAUCCUAGUGUCCAUUUCUCCAGGCAGGCAGUGUGCCACACAUGGACAGAAAACAAAGCUGCCAGGAGAACUGAUCUGUGCAGAUCUGGGACUAUUUAUCUGUGUUUUCAAAUUUUGUCAGCUCUUAAGAAAAAGGUAAGCCAGUUGCUGUAUUCUUAAGUGAGUGCACUCAUUACCCACCUCUUCAACAAACUACAUGCUGUGUUCUCACUGGAAUGGGAUAGCUGGGAGGGGAUUACAACCUUCUCCUUUGGGUGCAGCAGCUGGGCUUUAUUCCUCACAUCUCAAGAGCUUGCCCUUCAAAGCCUCAGUUGUCAAAGUGCAGCAGAUAGGAGAUGUAUCCGAUACAAUGGACAGUUGUUUCAGGCUGAAGUCUUAGAGGAUUUUUCUUAGUUUUCUAUACAGAUUAGGAAUAUAAUGUAUGAAGGUGCCAUGUUUUGGCUUGCCAACACUACUCCCUCAGAUAGAUGUGAACCACUGCUUGCAUACCUUUCUGGGGAGAGCCCUGCAUGUGUCCUGUGUGUGUGCGUGCGUGUGUGACUGUAUGAUGUUUUUGUCAGGAAUGACUUUCUAAAAUUAAGGACUCCAUGUGCUGUUAAAAUGCUGUUGUGUAUUCUAAAUAAUAUUUUUCUCCAUUUGAGCCUCUCCUAAGGAGAUGCUUUGGGUGGAAGACACUUCACUAAAGGAUAUGUAUUUCCUAGUCCAUUUACUGCAUGCAGAAAUACAAACACAUUGUGCCUUCCAGGAAACGCUCGUGGCAAAGGGCUGCUUUCACAGCAUACACGGUCCCUGAGGCUGGAGGAGAAUGCUCCUUGACACACACUGGAGAUGGGAAAGUUCAGCGCUGCAAUUCUGCGUGCUGGUUUUUGCUUCCUGAAUUGGGUUUCACUGAGGUAGUAAUUGCACACAAAGUGGAGCGUUCGGGCUGAGGGCUAAGCAGGGUGUGCGCUGUGUAGGAAUCUUGGCUGUCGCUUGGUGAGUGCAUGUCAGCACGUGAUGGGCACGGACACAAAAGUACUCUCCUAAGUGGCUCUAGUUGGGUAUUUUUCUAAAUGUAGAGCAUUUAGUACAAAAUUCACCUUUGUGCAGGAGGUGAGUAGGAGGCCUAGGUGGAGAUUGUCCCUUUUAAACCCUCACGGCAAGGCUUCUCCCUUGGGAGAGUAAAACCGUGUGCAGUGUUGGAAACUCUUUCACAGAGCAGCGGAUUGCAAAUGUGAGGCAUUGCCUGCUGAAACACCGCUGAGUUCUGCUGAAUCUUGCAGUGGGUUAGAAUUCCUAAACUCAAGUGGUUGGGUUUUUUUAACUGACAAAUGGAAGGUUAACUGCCCCUUGUCUGGUGUUAGCAUGUUUAGCUAGCAAGACCCUGACUUAAUCUCACAACCUGGUUUCUGCCUACAGUAAAUGGACUGUGUCUGUCAAGGGAGUUCACGAUCUCAAGGGUUUGGUAAGGAAUUCACCAUCUUUGUAACCUGGUUUUUGAAGGCUUCUGAUCAAUGAGUCCUAUUUUAGAAUUUAAACCAGUGAAAUGAAUUAGACCUGUUUGGGGGUGGAAGUGAUGAAGAGAAUCCAGCUAUGUAAACAGUUGUAUCCAACCAUCCAGCCUUUUUUUAUCAGCUGCUGUUAAUGGUGAAAUACUUUUUGUACCUUGUUGCUGAAAAUAUUUUUGCAUUUCAGCACAUCAAGCUACAAUAAAGUUGUUAAUUAAACAGAA